CAAUUCAAAUCACUUCAGGAGAAGACGGAUGGGCCGAAUACGGCCACGAAGAAGGUAAGGGCUUUGCGCUUGUCGGAUCCUUUUCUGGCCGUGGAAAAAGCCAUCAGAUCCAACAUUUCAGAAGUGAUGGAUAAACUCACCUAUUUACUGGCUGACCGAAUUGCCAGAAUUAUGCAGUCCUGGAAACCGCAACCACCGACUCCCACCGAUGAAAUGCGAUCGGUUUUCAAGUGCAUAUCCAAACUCACCGAUUCCACUAGUGACAUACUGUCGUCUGAAAUGCUCACUAAUCUACUGCUUCGUGUUCACGCUGAAAUAAAAGCCUCUCUACGGAGUCGGUUGACGGAUCUUGCAUUGUUUCCUGACGGCGGUCCAAAGCAGGGUUUGGUUAACUCGGAGUUAGUUAUCUACAUGAAGUUUUUGUGCGCUCUGACACCAACUUUGGCGCAAUUUACGGACGAGUGUGAUGACAUUUGGCCAUCUCGGAUAGCGGAAGAAAAUUGA